AUGUCCUCACAGGCCGCUCAACAAUUUCUUUUAUUAGCUAAAUCAGUACGUGGUUUAGCUGCUGUUGAUUUAGUUACACGCGUUCUUGAACAUCCGGAUAUAUUCGGUUUUGAUGAAUUUCUUCGUUUGGAUUCACUUGUAAAUGCACUUAAACAAGAUCAUUUACAAAUUUUAUCAACAUUAGAAUUAUUUGCUUAUGGCACAUUAUCAGAUUAUGAAUCUGAUCGUACACGUUUUAUUUCAUUAUCUCCAUUAGCACGACGAAAAUUACAAUUAUUAACAUUAGCAUCACUUGCUGUACAUGCACGAAUAUUACCUUAUACACUUUUAUUAAAAGAACUUCAAAUUGAAAGUGUACGUGAACUUGAAGAUUUAAUUAUUGAUGGAAUAUAUGCACAAGUUAUACGUGGAAAAUUAGAUCAAUUAAAUAAUCGAUUAAAUGUUGAAUAUGCAAUAGCACGUGAUGUUAAUUCAGUAGCAUUUAAUCGUAUGGAAGAUGUACUUGAUAAAUGGUGUAAAAAUUGUUCAGCAUUAUUACAUGUUUUAAAAUAUGAAGCUAUGAAAGCUAAUGAACAAAAGAAAAAAACUAUAGAUGAACAAGAUAAAUAUGAUAAAGAAAUGUUAUCAAUGAUUAAAAUUAUUGAUUUACAAGGACAAGCUUCGGGUGGUGGUAGUGGAAGAAGGGAUGGUAAUGAAAAUAAUAAUAAUUUAAAUAUGUUACAAACUUCAUCGAAUAUUUUAACUGGUAAUAUUGAUUCAAAACAAGGUGGAACAAAAAAAUCAGCAAGACAAACUGUUAAACGAUUUUUUCGUUCAUAA